AUGUCUGGUUCUGGUUCUGGUUCUGACCCAUCAGAUGGAUUUCUGGAGUACUCAGUGGACCGCUGUCUGUUUAACUCCACUGAUCCAAACGACGUAGAGUUCAUCAGAGCUUUUUACUUCAACAAAGUGGAGGAUGUUGUGUUCAGCAGCAAAGUGGGAGAGUUUGUUGGAUACACUGAGCCUGGUCUGAGCUAUGCAAAGAACUGGAACAAGGAUUCUGGAUACAUCGCUGGGCUGAGAGCCCAGAAGGAGGUAUACUGCCUGAAUCACAUCGGCGUCGACUACCAGGCUGCUCUGACUAAAUCCU